AUGAUUAGUCAAUCUAUUCCGUCAUUGUUUUUAAUAGUGAUGACGGAGGGUGCUUUUGCAGCGAUAACAGGUUUGCUAGUAGCCGGUCUUGCGCAACCUCGAUUAGCUGCACUGUUUGGUUUGCUUUAUAUCGUUGGACGUGAAGUGUAUAAUCAAGGUUAUCGACGUGCAGGAAGCAAAGGACGAAGGAUUGGUGCAGGAAUUCUCGACCUUUCUUUGAUUGUAUUAUGGGGUAUGGCAUUGUAUACGUGUUUCAGUUGGGGAGGGGGUAUUAGUGGAUUCUUGAGAUUAUUCAAAUUUUAA